AUGGACUUCAUCCUCUCCCUCACGCACUUCUGCGAAGUGCAUGGCCCAACGUCCAUCCUCUGCUCGCAGAUACUGCCCGCCCAUUGCCGGCAGUGCACCCCCGACUCGCCUUCCUCCUCGCCAAACGGAUCACCGUCCUCGUCCUCGUCCUCGUCCGCGGGCUCGCUGCAUGUCAGGGACAGAGAUGCGCCUGGCGCGGCCAGCGCGGCAGCGGCCGAUGUGCUGACCUCUUCCUCUUCGCCGUCGUCCGAUCGUUGCAUCACCACUUCGGCCAUCGAACCACUCGCCACCCCGCCUGCCUCUGCGCCCGUUACGGCGCCGCGGAUAGAAGACCAUCCCUGGUUCACGGCUGAGAGGCCCGUCAGGGCUGCGAAUAACGGCAGCUACAGCAAUGGCAAUGCUAGCAAUAGCGGUACCGGCGGUGCAGUUGGUGGUGGUGGUGGUGGUGGUGCUGGGCACCUGAAGAAGGCCGCCGCUGCUGCUGCUCGGUUUGGUGGUGCUGCUGGCGACAGAGAUACCUGUGCCAGCUGCCGUCUCAAGCUGCCCGAGGACGUCAGCAAACAGCUGCCUGUCGAUGGCAAUGGCUCGGUCGAGGAGCGUGGCCUUCACAGCAGUCCUGUCCUGCGGUCACGCGAAGUCGUCUUUGCCUGCCGCGGCAGCCAUGCAGAUCACUACAUGCACAACAGCAGCAGCAGCAACAGCAACAACAGCAACAAUGGCCACAGCAAUUACUAUGACGACGACGAUGAUGAUGGAUCACAUACCUGCUCGACCUCCGUUUCUUCUUCCCACCACCACCACCACCACCACCACCACCACGGCGGGAGCAGCAGCAAUAACUAUUACUCUCCCGUGUCAGUGCACUCGUCCUACUCUUCGUCAGACUCCUCCUGCCACACCCACGUAGUCACCUAUCUCUCCAUGCGCGGGCCCGCAAACCCAGAAGACUACGCUCUGCUCCGCCGUGCCUCCAUCCGCACUCUGUCCUGCGAAUUGCUCCCCCGUGGUCUCUCUUCCGGCCCGCUCUCCUUUGGCGAUCAGUCUGCAGGAUAUACCAUAGCCUAUGUCUUCCGUCUCCCAGACCCCAUGGCCCGCGGCAAGCGUCGAAGUUACGCCCUCGUUGCUCUCGCCGGCAAGGAUGCCGGACGCACCUUUAGAGCCAGCCCCCUCAUCUGGCGCACCUUUGGUCGCAUUGCCAAUAACAUCGUCAGUGCCGCGGAGAAGUUCCAGGAAUCAGAAAAGAUCCGAGAAUACGGCCCUUCGCCUGUCCACUCCUCAUCAUCUACCACCACUACUACUUCAUCUGCGACGGCAUCUACCACUAUCUCUGCCCGUGCAUACACUCCUAUCUCAUCUUUCCUGACCGGCCGGGCUCUCGAUCCAGACGGCCUGCCACGACGAGCAGGCCAGGUCCGGGCCCGGAAUCUGAUCGAAAUCGUCGGCAACGAAUACAUCUUUGCUGAGUUACAUGCUCAAUUCGUGGCCCUGCUACAGCAGCUCAGCGCCAUGUUCGCUUCUCCGUCGGACAAUGCUCACGGCGCUCAUAUGCCGGACUCGGCCUCUGCCUACUACGAAGACUACGCCAACACGACUUCUACUACUUCUUCUCGCUCUUCUUCGGAUCGACUACGAGGAGGGAGUGGCAGCACGGGUAUCACCUCUGCUGGCAGUGACCACAGCCUGUCCCAGCAGUUCUCGGGCUUGAACAUGUCCACCUCUAUUCCAAAGCCAAUUCCCAUCUCCCAGCGCAGAAGGAUGGUGGCAUAA